AUGCUCGUGCCUGUCAGGACUAAGGCCGCAAAAGCCAAGCCAUCCGUUCGUCGCCACUUUUCCAAAUGCACAACAAUACCUCUAACAUCUUACAGCUACCUCGCAGGCAACUUUGCACCCGCAACGAAGUCAUGGCCGCCAACACCCGUCACGUGGACCGGCGACAUCCCCAAGGAGCUACUUGGGGGCAUGUACGUUAGGAACGGCGGCAAUCCAGCAACCAACUCGGAUCUUGGUCGCGAAGCCCACUGGUUCGACGGCGACGGUAUGCUCUCGGGAGUCUGGUUCGAGCGGUCGUCGAGCAGUCCCCAGCACGUUGUCCCGCACUUCGUGAACCAAUACAUCUUGACCGAUGUGUACCUGGCGAGCGUCGAAAACAGUUCUCUUCAAACACCCAUCCUACCCAGCAUAUCGACUCUUGUCAACCCAGCGUCCCGGCUUCUGUACAUAAUAUGGAGGAUUAUGAGGACCGUCUUCAUUGUCAUUCUGUCGCACCUGUCUCGAACACAGACUGCUAUCAAGAGGAUUAGUGUUGCAAACACCAGCAUCCUCUUCCACGAUGGGCGCGCGUUGGCAACCUGUGAAAGCGGACCCCCGAUGCGCGUCACUCUGCCCACGCUGGAAACAGUCGGCUGGUUCGACGGCAGCACAGCAGAAGGUGAAUCCAUGGACGAAUCGCAGAAGAACGCCGAAGUAUCAACAGUCACAUUCGGCGGUUCAGGACCACUCAGUUGGAUGAAUGAAUGGACAACUGGCCAUCCCAAGAUCGACCAGGAAUCCGGCGCCAUGAUCCUCUUCCAUUGCAACUUUGCACCCCCAUACGUACACUAUUCGUUAGUGCCUGCAAAGGACAUUUCACAGUCGGGACCGCAACAGCAAAUCAUGAGCGCUCCUGUGCCAGGUUGUGCUGGUGGAAAGCUUAUGCACGAUUUUGGUGUAUCUAAACUUUCCACUAUAAUACUCGACCUGCCACUGUCUCUCACGCCUCUGAACUUGCUAAAGAACAAACCCAUUGUGCUGUACGAGCCAGAGAAAGCUUCAAGAUUUGGCGUCUUUCCCCGAACCGACCCGGCAGCAGUGCGUUGGUUCGAGGCCGUAGGGUGCUGCAUUUUCCAUACAGCCAACACAUGGGACGAAUGCAAUGCCGAGGGUACAGUCACUGCAGUCAAUCUUCUCGCUUGCAGACUGACUUCGGCCUCACUUGUCUUCAGCGCCGCGAACAUUGCACCGCCUCCCCAUCCGAACCACAAGAAGGUGGAGAAAUCGCGACGCAUGUCGUUCUUCGCCAAAUAUGACGACGACCAGGCGCUUGAGGAUCCGGAGAAGUCGCAUGCAGAUGAAACCUCGCCUUUACUCAGUCAAGAAGAGUCCCAAGGUUCUCGAUCUACACCACCGAUCCCAAUGACACAUGACGAUGAAGAGCAGUGCCGCCUCUACUAUUACCGCUUCGCCAUGGAUGUCAAGGAUUCGAAUGACGUUACCCACCAGUUUGCAUUGGCUGCCAUACCUUUCGAAUUUCCCGUGGUAUCUCCUCAUACCGAGAUGACCUACGCGCAGUACAUCUACGGAUGCAGCACAACGAACGAGUCAUUCGGAGCUGCUUUAGGGAAAGCUACAAAGAUCGACGUGAUUGUGAGGAUGGACGUAAAAGCCCUCCUUGCUCGCGCACAAGUCACACCACCUACACAGGUCACAGGGUGUGUCGAUGACCGUAGCAUCGAUCAGAUUCUGGCAUCGACGGAUCGCAACGAUCCAAUAAAGACUUUCAAAUUACCACCGAAUCACUUCGGCCAAGAGCCAAGAUUCAUCCCAAGGGAGCGGAGAAGCGGUGAUGCCAAUGUAUCGGAACACGAUGGCUAUCUCGUCUUCUACGUCUUCAACGAGGAUCAGCUCAACGAAAUGGGAGAUUGCAGAGCAGACGCGGUCAGCGAGUUGUGGGUGCUGGAUGCCAAAUCUAUGAGCGACAUUGUCUGCAAGAUCAAGCUUCCUACGAGAGUGCCUUACGGCCUACAUGGAAACUGGUUCAGCGAAGAACGCAUCAAGCAACAACGAGCUGUUCAGUCGCUGAGAGCGAUCAAAGACCCACAGCCCGCAAGUAAGUGGAGAAGUAAGCUGAUCAGUUCGAUGGGUUAG